CUUGUGUCGAUGGCGGUGACGUUUAGGAGCAAUCAUAAUUUUAUCAAAUAAUUAAUCAACAAAUAUUACUUUCCUAUUGUUAAGUAUAACUAUUUAUCAAUAUUAAAUAGAUCUAAACACAAGCAAAAAUGCCAGAAACGACGGAGGAGGACUUGGGAAUGUCCGUUCGUUUAACGAACGAUGAUUUCCGAAAACUGUUAAUGACACCAAGAGCAUCGGUUCCAUCUGCUACCCCAGCUUCUGUACCUGGUACCGUUAGAGAUGCUAGUGCAAAAACAGCACAGACACCAAACAUCAGUGGUGGCAGUAGAGCAGAGCUCAGAAGGAAAAAGAAAAGUUUUUAUGCUAAAUUGAAGAAACAAGAAGAGGAUAAGAUGGCAGAAUUAGCAGAGAAAUACAGGGACAGAGCAAGAGAACGUAGGGAUGGUACAAAUCAAGAUUAUCAGGCAGAAGAUCCAAUGAACAGUGCCAGUGCAUACCGUGCUGUGGCACCUGAUUUGAAAUCUGGAAUGGAUGCUGCUGAACGCAGAAGACAAAUGAUUCAACAGUCAAAAUUCUUGGGUGGUGAUAUGGAACAUACUCAUUUGGUGAAAGGGUUGGAUUAUGCUCUUCUUCAGAAGGUAAGAAGCGAAAUAGAGGCAAAGGAACAUGAACAGGAACAAGAGAUGGAGAAAUUGGUAAAACCAAAGGAUAAAGUAAAAGAAAAGAAGGAGGGAGAAAAGAAGGAUGAUGAAAUGCAGUUCAAAACCAAAAUAGGACGUAACGUUUACAGAACUAUCAUGACCAUGAAGUCGAAACAAAUUGAAAGAAACGAAUUAUUUACACCAGGUCGUAUGGCUUACGUGAUAGAGUUGGAUGACGAGAACACAGACGUAGAUAUACCGACCACUUUGAUCAGAAGUAAAGCUGACGUACCAACAACGGAUAAUACUCCUACCUUAACAACCAACGAUAUUGUAAUAAACAAAUUAGCACAAAUCUUAUCAUAUUUACGACAAGGCAAUCGUCAUGGGAAGAAAGGAAAGAAGAAUAAGGAUGGACGAUCCAGACCCGACGAUAUGAACGAUAUGGAUAUCGCUCCUAGACCUCAAGAUGAAAGCAUUUACGGUGAUAUUGGGGAUUACGUUCCUACAAUUGGCAAAAAGGAUACGAUUCAAUCUAGAGAGAAGAAGAAGGGUUCUUACUUUGAUAAAUCAGAGAAUGCUCUAGACACAGAUGACAAAGCAAACACUCCCCAAUUACCAAGUAUAACACCGUCUAAUACAGAAAAUAACGCUCCUAAAAAAGGAGCGCUUCUUAAUAAAUUAGCAGCAGAGCCAGAAGGCUAUGCAGAAUGUUACCCGGGUCUGGAUGAAAUGCAGGAUGCAAUAGAUGAUUCAGACGACGAAGUUGAUUAUACCAAGAUGGAUCUUGGUAACAAGAAAGGUCCCAUUGGAAGAUGGGAUUUCGACACUCCAGAGGAGUAUAGCGAAUAUAUGAACAAUAAAGAAGCACUGCCGAAAGCAGCAUUCCAGUAUGGAGUGAAAAUGGCUGAUGGAAGAAGAACGAGAAAGUAUAAUAAGGAAAAGAAUGAAAAAGCAGAGUUGGACAGAGAAUGGCAGAAGAUUCAGAACAUUAUGAAUAAGAGGAAACCCACAACAGUGUUAGAUGGAGGAUCAGAAUUCAAAGUACCUAGAUAUUAAAGAAUCCAAUCGCUUGUGUAAUAUCUAUUCACUAUAGAUUUUAUGUUAAUUAAAUAAUAUGUAAAUUGUAUAUGUUGUAGUAUAUAAUAUAAUUGAUUUGUUUGUUCAUCGCUGCACGUAUAAAAUGAUGGAUGCAAUAAAAGAUGGUAUGUUAUUUUUAAAA